UAACAUAUUAUCGUAAAGAGUAAAUUGCUCUCAAAGUUUAGGGUCCUCUAUAAUUUUAGGAAAAAGAAAAGAAAGCGAAAGCGUACAAGAGACGGCUUUGUGAUUUCUGUAACAUCAGUUGAACUCGUUCAGCCCAGUCCGUAUAUUAGUAUAUAUAGACACAAUGGCGGCAAAAAACUGAAAAAGCCUCAUCCGUUCCAACUGAAAUUUCGUUCUCUUCCAUUCGCCAUUUGAAAUUUUAGGCAUCCAUGAUUCCCACCUAGUUCUAUCAAUAAUUCAUAUUAUCGUUCUCUAGUUUAUAAUUUUGUUUUCGGAAAUGGAGAAAUCACAAUCGGGAGGGAACAUCUUCAGCCUUCGAAUCGUGUCUAUCGAUUAUUACAUGGCGCCUCCCAUUCCCGACCUCGACAUUAGUUACAGUAGUUUCCAAGGUGGGAAGGUGAAUGAAGUUCCAGUAAUAAGGAUUUAUGGAUCCACUCCGGCUGGCCAGAAGACUUGCUUACACGUUCACCGGGCUUUACCAUAUUUCUAUGUGCCAUGUUCAGAUGCUUCGCUUAGAACACAGGAGGAAGGUAAUGUAUAUGUACAUACUGUGGCCCUUGCUAUUGAGAAGGCCCUAAAGCUUAAAGGUAGUUCUGGAUCAAAAAGACAGCAUGUGCAUGGUUGCAGCCUUGUGCGGGCAAGGGAAUUUUAUGGCUACCAUUCACCAGAGGAACUGUUUGUGAAGAUAUACCUACUUAUACCUAUCUGGGAGGAGGAGUUUGAAAGAACAGGCAUGUGUCAAACCUCAAUGUCUCCUGAUCCAAGCAAACCACUUCCUGAAAAUGUUUUGAGAACUCUUUUGCAUGGGCUUGAAUUUGAAAACACUCUCCUAGAUCUUUGUGAGAAAGCAGAGAAUUUAGGACAAGAUAUUCUGUUGGAGGAGAGUGAAAAGUUUGUGCAGUCUAUUAAAUCCUUGGCAGAGGUGGGGAAUGCAGUUGAAUCUCUGGAUCAGACAAGUCCCAAUAAUUCUAAGAAAGAAUCUUCAAAGUGUGAAAAGGAUGGAGAUACAACUGUAGGCCUGGCUCAGAUAUCACAAGGAUCUACCAGCAAAUAUGACAAUUAUGGCAUGCCUUCCUCGGAGGGGGAUGCAGGACCUGACGUAUUUCCAGUCAAUCAGAAAGCAUUGGCAUCUGAAAUGGCUGAAGUGUUAGAUGCGAAGGUUGUAGAUGAGGAGGCACUGGGGCUUCUAAGGUGGCUUGCCUCCUCCCAAGCUGCAGAAGAUUUGAACACUGAUGAUUUACUUGUUCAUGAGUCCAUUCUGAGUCCCUUGUUGCCUAAAAAAUCCAUUGAUAAGUUUAUGGAAAAUGCUAAUUUUGUUUACGAGAAUGAAUCCCAACAAGAGUGUCAGGACAUUCUUGAUUCAGUUGAGGAUAUAGUUGACCUUGAAGAUUUAACCAACAGUGCUGCCCAUUCUACACAUCAUAACCAUUUACCACAAACAUCAUCAGCAGACAUCAUUCCUCAGGUGGAUGGCUUGUAUGACGAUCAAUUCACAACUCCUGCUAGUGAUACAGCCGAAGGGCACAACUGUGAAUUGGAGAGAUCUUCUUCAGACCAGGUUGUGCAAGAUACUCUAAUAUGUCCUGCUGAUGGAAAAAUGAAAAAACCAUUGCGAGGCUCUUUGACCUUUACUACACCACAAAAGGUGAAUACUGAUUUGCAGUCUUCCAGUUUUAAUUUGACUGAUCUAUGUAGCAGUAAGACAAAAGAUGGCAAACAUACCAAUUCUUUGGCCAGAAUCACAGCAGGAAAAUGUUCUGAUGCUUCACUGUCGAAUUCGGACAGAGAUAUUUUUAAUUUUAGGGAAGGAAACAUGCUUACUGAAUGUUCUGUGAGGGAAUUGAUGAGAAAAAAGCGACGCUACCGGAUCGGACCAUCUGAAAACAGAAGUUGUACAUUUAAGAAGGCCCUUUUGGAGGAGCCAAAAGCGGAAAAGCAAAAAGAAGAGACAUCUCUCUAUCCAAAGCGGCUGGCGUUUCAUGCAAUGGAAGAAGAUGAACAAGUUAUGAUGCCCCCUGAAACUCCCAGUAUGAAUCCUUUUUUUACUGACCAGCAAGGAGAAGUUUGUGUGAGGAACUCUUCUAUGAAAACUCAUGCGGCAGAGGGGCUGGAGCAAACAGAGGAUGUCAGUUCAAUCUGUUUGGCAAGUUCUUCUGUAGAACAUACGAGGUUCUGUGAAGGUGGUCACAUUGUCAGAAACAAUCUGGUUGGUGCUACCAUGGAAUUUGCACCUUAUAUGUGUUCUGAGAAUCUUCUGAAUACAAAUAAUUCAGCCGCUGCCAUUAUCCUGCAGAAUGAGAAUGGUGGUGCUAAAGAAGAAGAUGCUCCAACUUGUUUACCUUUGCCAGACAAGUCAUUGUCGACAGUCACUGACUGUGCAAAAAGACAUAUAGAGUAUAUUGAGAUGGCCUUCAAAAAUAAACCCCCUACUAUAGAAUGGACAGACGGGAUAUCUGAGGAUCCUCCACCAGCUGCUAGUUUGCAUGAUCGUGAUCUUCCUGGGGUCAUGGAAAAUUAUGAAGGAACAAUGCAUUGCAAAUCCAAUUUACUGGAUGUUAAAGGGGUAGAUGAAAAUGAACUCCUCCCAUUUUUUGUGGACAACUACCAAGAAGAGAAAGAAGCCAAUCACAAAUCUUACAGAAAUACUGAACUCAAUCUUCAUCAAGAAACUGUUCUGGGUGUCCCUACACACUAUCAAAAUGAUGGGUCUUUUCUAUACUUAUUGACGCCUAUAUUUUCACCGCCAUCUGUGGACUCUGUUCAUAAAUGGCUAUUGUAUAAUGUGACAGGUACCUUGGGAGAGAAAUCCCAGGAGCAGACUUUUCAGGGACCUGACGGUCAUCUAGGUCUUGGAAAUGUGAAGAAUAAUUCUUCCGGUUUUGGGGAAAUAACGACUGAGCUUCAUGACCUUCCUGUGGCUACGCCUAGUCAUCAAUUGAUCUCUCAAAGUUCUUCAUCUGGUCCUUGUUUUGAUACUUCACCUGUAUCUUUGUCCGCAUCUGAUGUGAAGCAUACUUUGCAUCAGUUCAGUCAAGAUAACCAUGGGAACCUGCACACAGAAAAUGAUCUUUGUCAUACUGUGAAUGCAACAACUGAACCCAAGCUAGAAGAGACAAUUAUGAAGGGAAAAGCAUGUGGUGAAAACUGGCAAGAUGUCUCUCAGAUUUCUGGCCCAGAUAAAAAACCAAAGCUUACCCCUCUCAGUCAAAUUGGAUUCCGUGAUCCUGCAAGUAUUGGUGCUGGCCAACAACUAACGUUGUUGAGUAUAGAGGUUCAUGCAGAAUCGAGAGGAAAUCUUCGCCCUGAUCCUCGAAUAGAUGCUGUCAAUGUUAUAGUUCUUUCAGUUCAGGAGGAUAAUUGUGCAGCCAUUAAUGUUCUUGUGCUAUUGCAUAGUAAUGAUGGGGAAUCAUGUCAAAGAAAUCCUGAUGGAAUAAAUGGUUGCAAGGUGCUAGUUACCUCUGAAGAGAAGCAGUUAUUUUACCAUUUUGUGCAGAUUAUUGUCUCAUUGGAUCCAGAUAUUUUGAUGGGUUGGGAAAUACAAGGUGGUUCCCUUGGCUUUUUAGCUGAAAGGGCUGCACAUCUUGGUGUGCAUUUGCUGAAUAAAAUAUCUCGGACACCUCUACCGGAAACCAAAAUCACAGCUAAAGCUUCAUCAGAUGGUGAAAAGUCUGUGCCAGAUAAUCUGCUUCCUGAAUCCUUGUUUGGUAAUUCUAUUUUAGAAAAUGCAAUAAUUGAGGAUGAAUGGGGACGCACUCAUGCCAGUGGUGUCCAUGUUGGUGGAAGAAUUGUCCUCAAUGUUUGGCGACUGAUGCGUAAUGAAAUUAAACUUAAUAUGUAUACUCUUGAAUCUGUGGCUGAAGCAGUUCUGAGACGAAAAAUUCCGUCAAUCCCUUGCAGAACAUUGACACAAUGGUUUUCAAGCGGUCCUGGUCGAGCGAGAUUUCAAUGUAUAGAAUAUGUUAUAGAGAGAUCAAAGCUGAUCCUUGAGAUUAUGAAUCAACUUGAUAUGAUAAAUCGCACAUCAGAGCUUGCCCGUGUCUUUGGCAUUGACUUCUUUUCAGUUCUAUCUCGGGGUUCUCAAUAUCGUGUUGAAUCUAUGCUUCUGAGAUUGGCACACACACAAAACUACCUUGCCAUUUCUCCUGGCAAUCAACAGGUAGCUUCACAACCUGCAAUGGAGUGCCUACCUCUUGUAAUGGAGCCAGAAUCUGGAUUUUAUGCAGACCCAGUUGUUGUUUUGGAUUUUCAGUCUCUUUAUCCAUCAAUGAUAAUCGCAUACAAUCUCUGCUAUUGUACUUGCCUCGGGAAAGUUGUGCCUUCAAAAGUAAAUACGCUUGGUGUGAGCUCUUUCUCACCAGAUCCACAACUUCUUUCAAAGCUAAAACACCAAAUACUGUUAACUCCGAAUGGUGUUAUGUAUGUCCCUCCAAAGGUUCGGAAAGGCAUACUACCUCGUUUAUUGGAGGAAAUUCUGUCAACCAGGAUCAUGGUGAAACAGGCAAUGAAGAAGUUGACGCCUUCACAAAGAGUUCUAUUUAGGAUAUUCAACGCAAGACAGCUGGCUUUGAAGCUGAUAGCAAAUGUCACUUAUGGUUAUACAGCUGCGGGCUUCAGCGGCCGCAUGCCCUGUGCAGAACUUGCUGACAGUAUUGUUCAGUGUGGCCGCAGAACCCUGGAGACUGCUAUCUCGUUUGUAAAUAAGCAUGAUAAGUGGAAUGCAAGAGUGAUAUAUGGUGAUACUGACAGUAUGUUUGUCCUCCUUAAAGGACGCACAAUCAAAGAAUCCUUCAAAAUUGGACAGGAGAUUGCGGCUGCAAUAACUGCAAUGAAUCCACAUCCAGUCACAUUGAAAAUGGAGAAAGUGUAUCACCCAUGCUUCCUUCUUACGAAGAAACGCUAUGUUGGAUUUAGUUUUGAGAGCCCUGAGCAGGCUGAACCAACUUUUGAUGCUAAAGGUAUUGAGACAGUUCGCAGAGAUACCUGUGGGGCUGUUGCAAAGACACUGGAGCAAUCAUUAAGGAUCUUUUUCACUCAUCAGGACAUCUCUAAGCUUAAAUUAUAUUUACAGCGCCAGUGGACAAAAAUUUUACGUGGGAGGGCGUCCCUGCAGGAUUUUGUAUUUGCAAAGGAGGUACGGUUAGGUACUUACAGUUCUAGGGCCUCCUCACUUCCACCAGCUGCAAUUGUGGCCACUAAAGCAAUGAGGAUUGAUCCUAGGGCUGAACCCCGCUAUGCAGAGCGGAUACCAUAUGUUGUAGUCCAUGGUGAACCUGGGGCCCGCCUUGUUGAUAUGGUUGUAGAUCCACUGGAUCUUUUGAGAGUUGAUUCUCCUUAUAGGCUGAAUGAUCUAUAUUACAUCCAGAAGCAAAUAAUCCCGGCACUGCAGCGGGUUUUUGGACUUACUGGUGCUGACCUGAACAAAUGGUUUUUGGAGAUGCCCCGUCCAGUUAGGCCAAACUUAUCUAAACGGCAAAUAACAAAUCAACAGAGAACCAGAAUAGAUUAUUAUUACCUCUCAAAAUCCUGUAUUGUGUGUGGGGACUUGGUCCAAGCAUCAAGCCAUAUGUGCGAUAAUUGUUCUAAGAAGCAAUUGGUGGUCGCUACAGCUGCGAUUGGUAGAACAUCAAAAUUGGAGCGGGACAUUCAACACCUUGCUGCUAUAUGUCAGCAUUGUGGAGGCGGUGACUGGGUGGUUGAAAGUGGGGUGAAGUGCGUGUCACUUGCAUGUGCAGUGUUCUAUGAGAGGCGGAAAGUUCAGAAAGAACUUCAAGCCCUUUCUUCUGUUGCUACAGAAGCCGGUUUCUACCCUAAGUGCAUGGUGGAGUGGUUCUGAGAUGUUUUUCUACUCAAUUUUGUGCAUCUAAAGUAUCCAUCCCAAAAGUUCGAACUAGGAGUUGGAAGUACUCCCAGGUCUAUAAGGGGUAGGGGUUGUAGACUAAUUAGCAGCUAGUGUGGGACUAAACUCCCAACACUCCCCCGCAUGCUUGCCAUCUUCCACGGAAUUUCUCUAAUCAAUCUUGUCCGUCCUGCAUAUAUACAGUCACACACACACACGCACGCGCACACACACACACACACACAAAUAAAUAAAUAAAAACACAUUGUGUGUGUAUAUAUAUAUAUAUAUAUAUAUCAAGGCUGCAUUUCUUAAUUACUAUAUAUUUGUUGUCUCCUUGGUGUUGUAGUUUUUCAUCAAGUUUUCAUGUUAAAUACUUGAGCUUCCCUUUCUGGUUUUGAUUAAGAUGACAAAGGGAACCGAAUCACGAGUUAAUAUUAUAGUUUGUGGUUCUUUCCCAUGAUCAAUAUAUUUUGAGAGAGCCCCUAAUUACUGUUGA